AUGCCGGCGCCAUCAAGGCCUUCCUUCCUCUCCCUUUCUAAAUCACCUUCAUUCGCUACCUCUCCCCCCUCUCACACAGAACCUCCUGAGUUACUUUCAUCUGAUAGUAAUCAGCCGAAAUCAGAUCCAAGUGCUUCAAUAGCCGCAUCUCAAACACCAGUGUCAUUGUCCAUCAUCCUGUCAAACUUGAUCCCGACAUUUCUAAUACUCCUAUAUGCCAUUUACAUUAUCCAUCGAAUCAGACGGUAUACGCGAUUCGCGGGAAUCAAGAGGUUCUUCCACAUAUGUGUUUCUUUACCGCAGAAUACUAUGGACAUAGUGUGGAGAGGGAGAAGGAGGGGCAUUGAUGGAUACGUGCAUGUCGAUGCCAAUCCAAAUUCCGACCAUUCCUUUGAACGUGGUGGAUGGGACGAACUGGCAAGUUAUGGUGUUAAUGGGCAUGAAGAGAUUGAGAUCGAGGGCCAGCAGGACGUGGCCGGAACCGGGAGACCAGUUGAAAGUAAGGGUUGUCAACAGGGUGAUCAACUUAUUGAUAGCUUAAGCUCAGGUUGCGAUGCCUCCGAUGCGGCAUUGGAUACACCCUUGGAGGACGACGGGGAGGAGCAAUUAGACAUGUCCAGAUAUUUCGACCCAAUGACGUCAAGGCUGCGAGAAGGCGUCCUUUUUGGCCCUGAGAUAGAGAUUGGGCGCGAGGAUAAGGCUGAAUUUGAGGGCAGAGGAGAAAAAGGAGAUAUCACGGCGUGGAUUGAUGGCGCCGUUGGUAGGGUUGUUGCGAGACAGAAGACAGAUGAAAGGGAUGAAGUGAUAUGA